GAAAAUGUUCUGUGGGACAGAGGAGUGGGGAGAGGCACUAGUUUACUUUUACUGCAAGGAAUGAAACUGCAGUGGCAUUUCCUUGUGGUGACAACAGCAGUGACAGUGAGUGCAAAGAAGUUUUCUGCUGUUGGAGUUCUGCAGGUGAUGGGGAGUGUGCAGCAGCAAUGCACUCAAGGCAUUGGGUUGCUUCCAGGCUUCUCACUGCCGGGAUGCUCCCAGGAGGGUGAGAUUGGGCUGAGAAUGCAGUCUGAAGAGUAAAGGAGCAGUGGGGAUAUGUGGAAAGAACAUUAGAGAUGCCCUGCCUGGCACACAGAGAUUGUAUGUAAAGGGACCUUGUAAACAAGAUGGACUGUGAUUGAUUACACAGUUUGACAGUGAUAGGACAAAGAGAAAGGUUUUAAAGUAGAAGCGGGGUGAUUAAGGUCAGAUGCUCGGAAGAAAUUCUUGAUUCAGUGCGUGUUGAGGCACUGGCACAGGCUGCCCAGAGAAGCAGUGCAUGCACCAUCCCUGGAGGUGCUCAGGGAUGGGAUGGAUGGGCCGUAGGAUUCUAUGAUUCUACGGUAAACUGUAUUCUCUUUAAGGUCCUUCCAAAUCAAACCUUUCUCUUUGAUGACUCUGUGAUAGACUGGGGGUGGUCGGAAGGUGGGGAGGAGACAGAGCAAGGAGGAGAGCUGACCCCCAGAGACCAAAGGGACACUGCAUGCAGAAUGAGGCCAUGAUCAGCAAGGAGAUGUGGGGAAAAGAGGGAGAAGGGAGAAGUUUCCUCCCUUCAGGAAACAGGAAACGCGGACCAUGCUGAGGUCUCUACUGAAAUAAAAGCGGUGUCUCUGCUGACGCAACAGAUGCACCAUAGGCAGCAUCACAGCCUCUCGCUGUGAAUAACUCUCCGUCAGCUGCAGAAGCACCGCAGGAUGGGUCCACGGCUCACAACACAAACCUGUGACCAUCUGCAUCCAGCUCAUUGAAAAGCAGGCGCCGGGAGGAGCGAUCUGCAAACGAUGUGGGUGCAGGCGGGAUGGGCCACGCAGUGUCCUCGUGUCGCUGCCCUCCUGCUGCUGCUGGUGUUUGGUUCUGGUGUGAGCACCCAGGACAUCUGCAGCUCCAGGGCUGAAGGUACUCUCCAGGCUCCAGUCCUGUUCCUUAACGCAUCCCGUGCUCAGGAAGGGGACGUUGUCCUGGCUCAGUGUGUUCUUCAGAACCAGUUUCCUGCUACCCGAAUUGUCUUCUGCAAGGAUGGGUUGGAGGUGUACAGCAUGAAAGCCCAAGAGGGCAGGGUCAUCAACUCCAUGCUGCUGAGCAUCACUGAGGGGAGCAGUGGGACAUACAGGUGUUUGUACCUGCAGAGGAACGAGAAAAACUGGCUGAGGAGCUCUGCCCUCAGUCCUCCGCGGGACCUGCAUGUCACAGGCCAUGUGUCCAGCUCCACGAAAGGGACAGCACCCACAGUCAUUGCGGUGACAUCACUGGUUUUCACCCUCCUCCUGUCUGUAGCCACCUUCUGGACCAUCAAGAAAGGUGCCUGCAGAGAAAGAUGCCGAAGGCAGCAGCACGUUUCCAGCCAGCAGAUGGAAGCCACUGACUACGGAGAAAUCCAAUAUGCUGCCAUUGUCCACUUUCAAAGGGACAGGAAAAAUGGCAAAUCAUGAGAUACAUUCUCCAGCCACAGAUCACACUCUCCUCUCUGACUUCUGCAAACACCUCCCCCCUGUUGUGCAGAACUGCAGCCCCUUGUUGCUGCUGCCACAAUUGUGUGGUUCCUGCUCAGAAGCUCCAGCAAUUGUUCUAUUUGAGGAGCUGGAAGAACAUUUCUGAGAGUUUGCAAGAAAGUGGAGGGGGGAAAUCUUGCCAACAAUUAUGAAGAAGAAGGAGUCCACCUAGCUAGAAAGUGCUGCCCCAAAUCUGCUCUUGUUUUUGCUGAGUAUCUCCUGCCUGCUUCUUCCUGCGUGCGUGGCUCCUUCUGGUGCACCUCAAGUCUCCUUGUGCAGGGCUUGCAGGCUGCAGCUGCAGGAACAGGGCUUUGCUUUCCCCUCCAGCCUCCUGUGCAGCAGACGACCAACAGCAGAGCUCUAUAGGCUGCAGCGUGGCACGGGCACCAGGGCUGGGUCACGGCCACUGUGUUUCCUUGCAGAGGGCUGCUGGGGUGUAACGUGGGGCUCUUUGUGUUUAUGGGGUUUGCUGUCGUGUUACAUCUAGCAGAAUAAGAUUUAUGACUUGCCUAUGUACGGAACACCUACGCUAUCAAUAAAAUAUCAGAGAUAUGCCAAAUUGGAGCAUAAAGGUAUGUCAUGCAAAUACACAAACUGCACUUUACUGCAUCAUCAAUCUCACCACAGUCCUGAAUCAGAGGAAUCAUCAAGUGAUGACGUGUGGUUAUGCAUUACUGCUGUGGCUUUAGGUGGAAGAAGCUCUGAAGAUGCCCAGGCUGGCUGUGUUUUGGUACCCAUCGUG